UUGAUCGUGGUCUAUCGCACCUCUAAAUCACUAAACCACCUAACCUGAUCCCGCACCUUCUAGUAGUUUCAGGAUUUUAAUAACACUCCAGUCAAGACGCUAAGCAUUCAAUUGCGUAUUGUUCGUUCACAUUUAGUUCAUACAGUUUAGAUUAAUUUACUUCCAUAUUUUCUAAUCUUUCUAGUCUAUAAUUAUUAAUCUUAAAAUUCAAUAACCUUAAUUUCUUUGUUUUAUCAAUUUCAUGUUAAUAUUAUGAUUCUGUUUUCCUAGGUAAUUUUUUUUUUUUCUGCCAUCAAUACACUUGAAAUUUAAAGCCAUAGCCAAAAUCCCUUCUUUUACUACAUAAAUACUUUGAAAAGUGAAUACACUUGAAAUGCAACGUUUCAUCAGUUUCUAUAGCUUUAAGCUGCAUAAUGAUCAAAGUACGAUCCAGCAGAUACUGGUGGUGGUGUAGGUUACUCAACCAUGUCUCAUUUCUCGCUAAACUUAUCUGUGGCAUAGCACGCUUUAUAGGAAUAUUGUCGCUUUCCAUCACAGCCUCCGACAUAGCAUACGCAGCCUUUUUCACUAUAGGGUAUAUUUUUGCCCCAUUGCAUGGCUCUCGUGACCUCCUUGCUGCGUGGCAUAUCAUUGCCUGUAUCCAGCAUUCGCAGUCAUACUGCUAUACUGCAAAUUGUUGAUGUGUAUCAUGGCCUUCUCGCUAAUCAGCAUAUGGUUACAUUGUGUCAUGGAUACCACAACCGACUUAUUACAUUGCAUAUGGUGCCCCGCAUCUAUCCUCCGCAGCCUUUAUUAUGAUUCAGCAUAUCGUUGCCCCGCAUCAUUGCCUUCGCGGUCUUCACGCUACAUGGGAAGUCGUUGCCCCGUAACCGUCUUUGUUGCAUACAGCAUAUCAUUGCCCCGUAUCUUGCCCUUUGCGGUCUUCGCACUAAAUUGCAAAAUGUUGCCCUGUAAGUGUUCUCCACGGCCUUCUCGCCUAUCGGGGCUAUCGAUCGAUGUGGCCUAUCGUGGCUUUACACAUCGCCUAUCGGGGCUAUCGAUUGACGUGGCUUUACAUAUUGCUUAUCGUGGUUUUACACAUCACCUAUCGGGGCUAUCGAUCGACGUGGCUUUACACAUCGCCUAUCGGGGCUAUCAAUCGACGUGGCCUAUCGUGGCUUUACACAUUGCCUAUCGAGGCUGUCGAUCAAGUGGCCUAUCGUGGCUUUACGUAUCGCCAUCGGGGCUAUCGAUCGACGUGGCUUUACAUAUCGCCUAUCGUGGUUUUACACAUCACCUAACGGGGCUAUCGAUCGACGUGGCUUUACACAUCGCCUAUCGGGGCUAUCAAUCGACGUGGCCUAUUGUGGCUUUACACAUUGCCUAUCGGGGCUGUCGAUCAAGUGGCCUAUCGUGGCUUUACGUAUCGCCUAUCGGGGCUAUCAAUCGACAUGGCUUUACAUAUCGCCUAUCGAGGCUAUCAAUCGACGUGGCCAAUCGUGGCUUUACACAUCGCCUAUCGGGGCUAUCGAUCAACGUGGCUUUACAUAUCGCCUAUCGUGGUUUUACACAUCACCUAUUGGGGCUAUCAAUCAACGUGGCCUAUCGUGGCUUUACACAUCGCCUAUCGGGGCUAUCAAUCGACGUGGCCUAUCGUGGCUUUACACAUUGCCUAUCGAGGCUGUCGAUCAAGUGGCCUAUCGUGGCUUUACACAUUGCCUAUCGAGGCUGUCGAUCAAGUGGCCUAUCGUGGCUUUACGUAUCGCCUAUCGGGGCUAUCGAUCGACGUGGCUUUACAUAUUGCCUAUCGUGGUUUUACACAUCACCUAACGGGGCUAUCGAUCGACGUGGCUUUACACAUCGCCUAUCGGGGCUAUCAAUCGACGUGGCCUAUCGUGGCUUUACACAUUGCCUAUCGAGGCUGUCGAUCAAGUGGCCUAUCGUGGCUUUACGUAUCGCUUAUCGGGGCUAUCGAUCGACGUGGCUUUACAUAUCGCCUAUCGGGGCUAUCGAUCGACGUGGCUUUACAUAUCGCCUAUCGGGGCUAUCGAUCGACGUGGCUUUACAUAUCGCCUAUCGUGGUUUUACACAUCGCCUAUCGGGGCUAUCAAUCAACGUGGCCUAUCGUGGCUUUACACAUUGCCUAUCGAGGCUGUCGAUCAAGUGGCCUAUCGUGGCCAAUCGUGGCUUUACAUAUCGGCUAUCGGGGCUAUCGAUCGAUUUGGCCUAUCGUGGCUUUACACAUCGCCUAUCGGGGCUAUCAAUCAAUGUGGCCUAUCGUGGCUUUACACAUUGCCUAUCGAGGCUGUCGAUCAAGUGGCCUAUCGUGGCCAAUCGUGGCUUUACAUAUCGGCUAUCGGGGCUAUUGAUCGAUGUGGCCUACCGUGGCGUUACACAUCGCCUAUCGGGGCUAUUGAUCGACGUGGCUUUACACAUCGCCUAUCAGGGCUAUCGAUUGCUGUGGCCUAUUGUGGCUUUACAUAUCGGCUUUUGGGGCUAUCAAUCCACGUGGCUUUACACAUCGCAUAUCAGGGCUAUCGAUUGCUGUGGCCUAUUGUGGCUUUACAUAUCGCCUAUCGGGGCUAUCAAUCCACGUGGCUUUACACAUCGCCUAUCUGGGCUAAAGAUCGAUUUGGCCUAUCGUGGCUUUACAUAUCACCUAUCGGGGCUACCUAUCCAUGUAAAGCCUACCGUGGCACUUUACGACGAAGCAUAUUGUAAUUCUUAUCCUAUUCCUUUUGUGUGAAUCAGACAUUAAAGUGAAUGCCUAUGCCUAUCGUGGCUUUAUUUUUGGGGGGGUUCCAAUAAAUAGCUGUUGUAGCUUAAGAAGUCUGAUUCCUUCUUAACAUUUUCUUUUGUUUCAGGAUUGACAUCUCUUCGAUAUCCUAGCAAUCAAGCCAGUUGAUCUAUUUCACUUUUGGGGGUAGGCUCCGCCCCUGCCUUCAACAUCAGGCAGGAUCUGCCGGACUACAGCUAGACCCGGACGAAAGGCGGGGCAUAUGCCAAAAUCUUAUGAGACUCAAGCAUCUCUUUUAUUUUGAGACUGAUUCGAAUUUCUGUCUUUUAAUUUAACAUGGAAUAAAUGUCAUUCAAACGUUCACUUGCCUUCUGAGUCUUUAUGGUAGAAAUGAAAGCGUCAGCGUGUCGUAGCUGAAGUUCACCUCCAUCCUCCCCACCACCACCAGGUUGUUCCCUGUUCUUUUGUCCGGGGGUAGGCUCCGCCCCUGCCUUCAACAUCAGGCAGGAUCUGCCGGACUACAGCUAGACCCGGACGAAAGGCGGGGCAUAUGCCAAAAUCUUAUGAGACUCAAGCAUCUCUUUUAUUUUGAGACUGAUUCGAAUUUCUGUCUUUUAAUUUAACAUGGAAUAAAUGUCAUUCAAACGUU